UUUCUGUUCUGCCAUGAGCAAAAAGAAACAAUCGAAAGAGGGGAAGGAGCAAGCCAGGGAGAAAGAACGAGAACACCAGAAGAUCGGGAUUUUAUCCACAAAGCCCGCCCGCCCGAACUGAAGAAUCAAUCGCAUCAAUUCCACCGCUUCAUCGUUUCCCACGUCGUCCAUUCUUCCCUUGUCUGUCCCCAGCCGUCUUUUCUCACGUGCAGUCUCCCUGCCGCCAAACCUGCCCUUUCCGAAAGCUGCUAGUUUGGUGGUAGUCCGCGCGCGGGCGGACUGACGAAGCGAGCUGACAGGUGCCCCCUUUCCCUUCGGAGUCAAAUUUGGGAAAUUGUUGAUGUCCACAUGACUAUCAAAAAAAAUCGAACGGGCUGCUCUGUUGGCCCGGGCUGUUCUGUCACCGAGGAGUGCCCCCACACCGCGACGCACAACCACAGCAGCAGUCCACAGCCGCCUUUUGGGUCCCUCUGAGCAGCCAGCGUGAUACCGCCUUUUUUGCUUGGAUUUUUUUUUCUUUUUUCUUUCUUUUUCUUCUUUAACGCAACUAUUCGGUUCCGCUGCUCAAUAAUCCCAAUCACAAUCCCAAUCCCUCUCUCCCUCCUAGUCUCUUCUUCUGGCCGCCCGACUCCAGCCAUCCCCAUCAUUGGCCAUUGGCCUGUGCUGUCCCGUCUAGGGGGUGCCAAACGACAUUUGGGCACAGAAAACGGGCUAGCCAGGCCGGUGGAGCACGCACGCUGGCACCACCACACACCACCUCCAUCUGGCAAUUGGGCCUGACGAGCCGUCCGGAUGACCACCCAAGAGGCUUGGCCUCCACAGUACCGGUAUCCCGCCUCCGUCCGCCAGCAAUCCACCCAUCUCGGCCACCGCCGCCGCUGUGUUGGCCUGGCCCGUUCCAGGGGCAGUCCACGGGCGAAGGGGGGUUAAUCAACAGUCGAUCUAGCCGUGCAGAUCCGCUCCCAUCCCCGCAUUCUUAUCACAAUCGCUCGAAAAAAAAGGGGGAGAGAAAGGCAAAGGGCGGAGGAGGGAAAAAUCCUGCCGAGAUAAAAUAACCCUGAAGAAAGGGGAGGAAGACUAGCAGCUAAAACGACAGCAGCAACGGCAACGAACACGGUGUGCUGCCACUUUGCUCGCCACCGAUUUCUCUCUUUUUUUCUUUACAUUUCCAUUCGUUUGUUUAUUUAGCUGCUUGUCACCAUACUCGACCUUUUUCCCCCUCCUGUCGGAUGGAGACGGCCGGGGCCGUCGCGGUUGGCAGCAGCACCACCACCACCAGCCUCAAGCGCUUUGCUGGCCAGAGCGUCGAGGGACUGCUUACGCUGCGGUCACUGAUUCUCGGGGUCAAGGACAAGGAUUCACCUGACACGCCCCCGCCAAGGUCCGUCCGUAUCCUCCUCGAGUCCGCCCACCGCCUCAAGGGUGCCCUCGACAAGCUUCCAGUAUUUCUGGGACGGUUGCCCGUGGUCCUCAACGGGUCGUCAUUGUCGCCAUCAUCGUCGUCCCCUAAUUCCGCCACCUCUUCGGAUAAUGCCGUUGCUGGUACAUCCACGCUGGCCUCCUCGGACGCCCCUCAAGGCGCACACGUACCCUCACAGGGUGAGCUUCGAUUCGCUCUGGGGCCCUUGGAGCUUCAGCUCAGGGCCUGCAUGACCGAGGUCCGGCUUGUCGUCGAUGGACUUAGGACCCAAGUCGCCGACGAUUCAGGGAGCUUCAGGCAGUCUUGGAAGAAGAUCGAGGCUGCGCGUGACGGCACCUUUGAGGAGUUUGCUGGAAUCUUCAUCUCCCAGGAGCAGUGUUUGGAUAAUGUCUUCAAGAAACUCGAUCGCCAGCUGGAUUUACUUGCUCAAGGAAAGCUUGAAUCUCUCGCACAAAAUGGCGGCGUUGGUGGUAUAACCUCGGGGGCUGGCGAUGAUAAACUGUCCACAUCAGAUACGGAGGUGGCAGUCGAAGACAUCAGCUCGACCCGGUCCGAGGCUGCUGAAAGCGCCGUUGCUACUAAGGCUACGCUCACGGCAGGGAGACCCAGCCUGAACAACGGCGAUGGCAGCGGGGGCGUUAAUGGCGUGCUCGAUAGACAGCUCCAUCGUGGCUCAAAGUACCACUACUCCUGCGAGGCGGUCACCGGCAUCGACGGCGCCUCGGAGGAGCGAGAAGAUGGCGCCAUUGGCUGCAUGUACUGCGCCAGGAGCUUCGCGCACGACGACGAGACCACGAUCCACCGACUGGGUUUCCACAUCGUACGAGCCCACGGCUUUGGGCUGUGCAAUCUAAACUGCACAUUCGAGACGAGAUCCGAGCUUCUCUGCCAUCUCAAGUCUUUCCAUGCCUGGUCCCGCGGUGGUAGAGGCGACCAAGGCGGAGCGGAGGACGCCAUCGUGGACCGCUACUUCCUCACACAGAAACGGUCGACUCCCAGAAGCACCAGGCUACUUGGUCUUGAGGAUAGCGAUGUACAUCCCCCUCGCGGCAUGAGGGAGGAUGGCGAGGAGACGGGCUUGUUGAAUUUGCUGGUGCUCAACGAGAUCCUGCGCGUAGUGAAUCUGGACGUGAAGAUGGACGCGCCCAGACCGUCGGCGACAACCUCGGACCCGGGAGAGACCGAGCUGGCACACGAGCUGUGCCUUGCACUUUCUCAGCUAGACAGGCUGAGUGCGGAUGCACGCGUGAAAGCCACCGCGGCGGCGAUGGCGGGCACGAACAGCGCAUCGGUCUCGGCCACGACCACUGAAGGGGAGAAAGGCCAGGCCGGUAGCAGUGGAUCGGGCCCCGCGGGUCUCGGGAUGGAGGUCGACCUGGAUGAACUAGUAUACCACGCUGCUUGUGUGCAGCAGGAGCUAGCCGUUUCCAGUGGCGGCGAGGAUGUGCUCCGGCACGAGGCAUUAUACUCUGCGGAUCAGUACCGUAUCGACGACCUCGUGUGCAUGUACUUCCCUCCGCGCGCCUCGCCCGAUCGCCACCGCGCUUGGUACGUCCGUCCCGUCGAAGCCGGUUCAGGUGUUCCCGCAUCCAUUGUGACGGCCUUCAAUACUAGCAUAAAGGGGCUGGGGCUCACGAGGCUCGAGCCCGCGGGGCCGCUCCGUACCUUCCGCGAUGCGAUCCGCGCACUGGGCCGGGCUCACAUGGAGACCACCGGGGCCAAAACCUACAUGGCAAUCAUGCCGCAGUUACUGCAGGUCUCGAAAAUCCUGUUGCGGCAGGACAGGCGGCCGCCUGCCGCACCUACGCACUCGAUGGGCUGGGCCGGUGACGGCUCCCGGCAGGUCAGGAUGGUACCCAUGCGCUCUAACACGAUGCCACUGCUCCACCAGCCGAUGCAGUCGCGGUCGCAACAGCGGCUGCGACAGGAGGAACAGGGACAACAGGAGCUGCGCGCAGCGAACCUGGAUCUCCUCCUGCGGAUACAGCAGCGCGACGCGCAUCGGCCUGCUACCACGACGAGGGAGCGUCGACUGCGAUGGAUCACAGACGGUGGGCUGAACUGGUGGUUUCUCGGAAUGCUGGAGCGAUCUGCUUCCUUUCGACGGCUCGUGCGCAGUGGCAAAGCGUUUCCCAGCCCGGCGGCGGGCUCUAGCAGGAAGUCCAGACCAAAGCCCGGGGAUUCCAACGGCGUCACGGCGGACGCGAGCAAGACGAAGCCGGCACCGUACGCCUGGGCUGUGGCUCUCUUGAGCUCUGCGGGGCUACCGCAGGGCGGUGGUCCGAGGAACGGCCGAUCGAACAUGGACCGAGCUAUCAAUGGGAAUGGGAACGGCAACAGGGUCGCCAGCAACGGCGACCUGUCACGGACCCUCAACAUCCCCAGGGGCCCUACAUCGCCCGCGAUGAGCCUUGGUAGGGCUGACCGCGGAUCAGGUUCAGAAAGGUCGGUUGGAAUAAACCACCUUCGCCCGCAGGCUGGUCAAGCGCAACAGCCAAGGCAGCAGCAGAAUUCGCUACAGCAGCCAGCCCAACAACAGUCACUCCUGGCCCAACAGCGGCGUUACGAGGCAGAUCAGCUCGUUUCGAGGGAGAAAGGGAAGGAGAAAGAGGGCAUUGUCGACCAAGGCCUUCCGAGGACCUUGCCCAAUGGGAUCAAGGAGGAGAAAAACGAGGAAGAGGAAGAGGAUGAUGACGACGAUGAUGACGAUGAAGAUGAAGAUGACGAUGAUGAAGAUGAUCAAAUCUCUUCAGAUGAAGAAUCGUGGGAGUCGUCGUCAUCGGACUAAAGCACUCCCUCAUGGUUGACGGACUAAUUAUCUUGCUUUGUGAUUAUAAUGGUAUUGGGCAUUGAGGCGUAUAAAAGGUGGGGAAAAAAGAAGGUUCACAGGCCCAGCAGAAAAAAAAAAGAAAAGCAGACGGGGCGGGAUGGAUCCGCCCUGCGGCGUGAGAGAAAAAGAGAAAAAGAUGCGAGCGAAUAUCGGCCGGGGUUGUCUGUUAGCCCCUUUGAAACAGGCCAAGCUCGCAGCGUUACAGGCAGAAUUGCCCGUCCUUGUAUAAGACUCUGAGCUGAACACAUAGCUUUAUCGGCACAUAGAACAGGUCUCUGUUUCGGUGACUUCUAGAUAUUUGUUUACACGUUUGGGUAAGAGACGGCAUUACCAUUUAAGCGACGAAGUGCGAUGAAGCUCAAAAGUUGUUGCUUGAACUGACAUUCCCGCUCUCCCCUCGGUCUCC